AUGAUUGAGCAACAAACUUCCCAGCCUAAAAUGUUAUUGUACAAGGAAACACGAAUGAAAUACUUAUUCUUAUUCUGCACUUGCUUUUGUGUGGUUGGAAUCUAUUUCUGCUAUGAUAAUCCAGGCUCAAUUGAAACUGCUCUUGAAGAUGAUUUAAAUCUUACUCAAACAUAGUACAGCUUGUUAUAUACAGUUUAUUCUUACCCCAACAUGAUAUUGCCAGUGUUUGGUGGUGUGCUCAUUGAUAUAUUAGGAGUAAGGCCAAUAUAUUUUCACGGCUGGUGGCAGGAAGAGUUGUAUUUGGGUAAUUUAAAAGCUUUGAAUUUAAAUAGACUAGGCUCUGAAUGCAUGUCAGUUGCCUAAUCUACAACAGUUUCGAAAUGGUUCAGUGGGUCUCUACUUUCCUUUGUUUUCGGUCUUAAUAUUGCUAUUGGAAAUAUAUCCUCAACUUUAAAUGGGCAAAUUAUUCCUCGAUUAUACUAUGAAAACCAUUAUGAUUAACUUGGAUUGGCUUUCCUGAUAGGAUCUAUUAUAUGUACUUUAAGUUUUCUUGCAAAUGUAGUUAUUUGCAUUUUCGAUAAAGCAGAUGAUAACAGAGCUCUAAAGAUUAAGGCUUUGGAAGAUUUAAAGAAAACAUAAGAAUAAUUAGAUGAAGAUAAGAAAGAAGAGGAAAAUAAAGAAAAAUGCAUAAUAUCUUGGGCGAAUGUUAAGGAACUGAGUUAUGCACUAUGGCUUGUAGUUUUUCUUAUUUUUCUCUUGUAUGGGGCUUACCUACCAUUCUAAUAAAAUGCAGCAAAGAUUAUGCAAGACAAAUUCAAAGUUCCUGAGAGUAUUGCCACCUAAGUCUAUAGCAUACCAAAUAUAAUUGCAGCUCUUUCUUGUCCUUUCAUGGGAAUGCUUGGUGAUAGAUUCAAUAUCAGAGUGUAUCUAAAUACCGUUUCAUACAUUGAAUUACUUCCAAUUUUAAUAGCUGGAACUGCUUACUCUGUUUUUGCAGGGACUAUUUGGUCUAUUAUUCCUAGUGUUGCUAAGGAAAAAUAACUAGGGACAGCCUAUGGAUUAGGGUGCACAUUUCUAAACAUUGGCUUGUCUCUAAUUCCCACACUAGGCAGUUAUUUGCAUGAUUAGACAUAAAAUGAUGAAAGUCAUGGAUUUUUUUGGUAAUCAUUUUUAUGGCUCAUACUCUCUGGAUCUGCCUUAAUCCUUGGAGUAAUGCUACAAAUUGAGAAUAAAAGAAAUUAUGGAGGUAGGUUAAAUAAUGCUAACAAGCAAGAAGAUAAUUAAGCCAGUGAUAAAGCAUAAUAGAAAUUGGAUUAAGAUUAAAAUGUCGAGAUAAUAGUGGAAUAGGUUGAUGAAAAUGCAUUGCUUUUGGGAUAAUCAUAGAAUUUAAAUGAUGCAAAAAUUAUAGAAUCAAAUGAUCAAGCCUAAAAUACUUGUUGA